AUGAGGACUCGGGAGACAGACAAGACGGAGAGAGGACGAGGUGAAGUGGAAGAUUCCUCGUAUGAUCAGAUCUGCUAUUUCGUUUCCACACAAAAGCUAAAAGACGCAAAGAGAGUGGUGGUAAAGGUCGGCACUGCCGUGGUUGCCAACUCGGAUGGAACGAUGUCUUUGUCCAGGAUGGGAGCUUUGGUGGAGAAGCUUCGUGAGCUCAAGUUGCAAGGACGAGAAGUUCUUCUUGUCAGCAGCGGAGCCAUGGGACUUGGUCGGCAGAGUCUUGGACUCUCAAAGGAAGUUGUCGAAGGAAACCCGGACAACAUCAUCGACAGACAAGCUUGUGCUGCUGCAGGACAAGAGCUGCUGAUGAGCAUGUAUCACAUGAUGUUCAGUCGUCUCGACGUAAGGUGUGCCCAAGUCUUGAUCACUCAGGAGGAUUUCGUGUCGAGACAGAGAUACAUGCACCUGACUGACACUUUGGACAAACUUACUUCCUUGGGCACCAUUCCCAUCAUCAACGAAAACGAUGUCGUAACAGGUGGAGCACGAGGAGAGCAGGUGUUCAGCGACAACGACAAGCUUUCUGCUAUCCUUGCAGCAGGAGCCGACGCUGACGGACUGGCUCUGUUGACAGACGUUGAAGCUGUCUUCACCAAGCCCCCGGGAGAGCCUGGAGCGGAAAGGAUAAAAAUCUACAAGGAAGCUGAUACAGUAGAGAUCGGCGCUAAAUCUGGCAUGGGAAGAGGCGGCAUGGCGGCAAAGAUCACAGCAGCACGUGUUGCCGCACGAGGAGGGGUUGCCACGUGCAUCGCAUCAGGUUAUGACCUGGAAAACAUCACCAAAGUAUUCGGAGGCCUCGAUGUGGGAACAUACUUCGAGCCUGACACGCGUCCCAACAAGCGGCAGAGGUGGCUGACGCUUGCGACCGAGUGCGUUGGGAAGCUGAUCGUGGGGGCCAAAUUCAGAGAAGCUCUAGAGGUGCCGGAUAAGAGAGGGACAGAUCCAACGCUCUACGUGUCCGACCUGAUCGGAGUCUCCGGAUCGUUUCCUGUCCGUUCGGUCAUCUCGCUCAUCGACGAGGACGGACACGAGUUUGCAAGAGGCAUCACACAGAAGAAGUCAGCGGAGAUCAAGGAUGCGCUUCCGACGUCAGCAGGCAAGCAGCACAGCACCUUCACGACUGUCCAUGUCGUCAUUCAGCCUUCCGACAUUCUUUUACUCGGAUGA